CUGGAGCACACUGUCAACAACGACUCGGAGAUCUGGGGUCUCCUGCAGCCCUACCAGCACCUCAUCUGCGGGAAGAACGCCAGCGGGGUGCUGUGCCUACCAGACAGCCUGAAUCUUCACAGAGACCCACAGCGGUCAAACAAGCCGGGAGAACUGCCCAUGUUCAGCCAGUCGGAGCUGAGGACCAUCGAGCAGUCCUUGCUGGCCACGCGCGUAGGCAGCAUCGCAGAACUGAGUGACCUGGUGUCCCGUGCAAUGCAUCACCUGCAGCCCCUCAAUGCCAAGCACCACGGCAAUGGCACCCCCCUGCACCACAAGCAGGGGGCGCUGUACUGGGAGCCAGAGGCCCUGUACACCCUUUGCUAUUUCAUGCACUGCCCGCAAAUGGAAUGGGAAAACCCCAAUGUGGAGCCUUCCAAAGUCAACCUCCAGGUGGAAAGGCCCUUCCUCGUGCUGCCGCCGCUGAUGGAGUGGAUCCGGGUGGCCGUGGCGCACGCCGGCCACCGCCGCAGCUUCUCCAUGGACAGCGACGACGUCCGCCAGGCGGCCCGGCUGCUGCUGCCCGGUGUGGACUGCGAACCGCGCCAGCUCAGGGCUGACGACUGCUUUUGUGCAUCUCGGAAGCUGGAUGCAGUGGCCAUCGAAGCCAAGUUUAAGCAGGACCUGGGUUUCCGGAUGCUGAACUGUGGACGAACAGACUUGGUGAAGCAGGCGGUGUCUCUGCUGGGACCUGAUGGGAUCAAUACCAUGAGUGAACAGGGCAUGACUCCCCUGAUGUAUGCCUGCGUCCGUGGGGACGAGGCGAUGGUUCAGAUGCUGCUGGAUGCCGGAGCUGACCUGAAUGUGGAGGUUGUCAGUACUCCUCAUAAAUAUCCAUCCGUCCACCCCGAGACCCGCCAUUGGACGGCUCUGACUUUUGCUGUGUUGCAUGGACAUAUUCCUGUAGUUCAGCUCCUUCUGGAUGCUGGGGCCAAGGUGGAAGGCUCGGUGGAGCACGGCGAGGAGAACUACUCGGAAACGCCCCUCCAGCUGGCAGCUGCUGUAGGAAAUUUUGAGCUGGUUAGUUUGCUGUUGGAGCGUGGUGCCGAUCCCCUGAUAGGAACCAUGUACAGGAAUGGAAUUUCUACAACCCCCCAGGGUGAUAUGAACUCUUUCAGCCAGGCUGCAGCCCACGGACACAGGAAUGUGUUCCGCAAACUGCUCGCCCAGCCAGAGAAGGAGAAGAGUGAUAUCCUGUCCCUGGAGGAGAUUCUGGCUGAGGGGACUGACCUGGCAGAGACAGCCCCGUCCCCCCUGUGUGCCAGCCGCAACAGCAAGGCCAAACUGAGGGCCCUGAGGGAGGCCAUGUAUCACAGCGCUGAGCAUGGCUACGUGGAUGUCACAAUUGAUAUCAGGAGCAUAGGCGUCCCGUGGACUCUACACACCUGGCUGGAGUCUUUGCGGAUCGCCUUCCAGCAGCACCGCAGGCCUCUCAUCCAGUGCUUGUUAAAGGAGUUUAAGACCAUUCAGGAGGAGGAGUACACGGAGGAGCUCGUGACCCAAGGCCUGCCCCUGAUGUUUGAGAUCCUGAAAGCCAGCAAGAACGAAGUGAUCAGCCAGCAGCUGUGCGUCAUCUUCACACACUGCUACGGGCCCUACCCCAUCCCCAAGCUCACGGAGAUCAAACGGAAACAGACCUCACGCUUGGAUCCUCAUUUUCUUAACAAUAAAGAAAUGUCUGAUGUUACCUUUCUGGUAGAAGGAAGACCAUUUUAUGCUCACAAAGUGCUGUUAUUUACAGCCUCUCCAAGGUUCAAAGCACUCCUCUCCAGCAAGCCAACAAAUGACAGCACCUGCAUAGAGAUCGGUUAUGUGAAAUACUCCAUCUUUCAGCUGGUUAUGCAGUAUCUCUACUACGGUGGCCCAGAGUCACUGCUCAUUAAGAACAAUGAGAUCAUGGAGCUUCUGUCUGCUGCUAAGUUUUUCCAGCUGGAGGCUUUGCAGCGACACUGUGAGAUCAUCUGUGCGAAAAGCAUCAAUACCGACAACUGUGUGGAUAUUUACAACCAUGCCAAGUUUCUUGGCGUCACGGAGCUCUCAGCAUAUUGCGAAGGCUACUUUCUCAAAAACAUGAUGGUCCUCAUUGAAAACGAAGCAUUCAAGCAGCUCCUGUAUGACAAAAAUGGUGAAGGGACCGGCCAGGAUGUGCUCCAGGACUUACAGAGGACGUUGGCCAUCAGAAUUCAGUCCAUUCACUUGUCAUCUUCCAAAGGUUCCGUGGUUUGAAAUGCCCAGUGCAGCGAAUGCUUCCCAGGAACCUUCCAGUUCUCCUGCCGCAUUGGCUUUACACAAACACAGACAAAUUCCACCUGGCACCUGUUUUUGGCUGGGCCAAGGAGCUGCCUCUACUGCUCCCACGUGUUCCUGUUGAAAAACAAAGGACUUUCCACCGGUCUGCAGAUCAGAUCAGCUGGGUCCAGAGCUUAAUGGGCAACUGGACAACCAAGUUAACCCCAACCGAAAGCACCCCUAGGACCUUUGAACACCCACUGCCGGGGACCACUGUCGAAUGAAUGGAUUGAGGCCUUUCAAAGGUCACUCAGGUUCCAGGUUGACAGUUGGAGGACUUCACCAUACCGAUCCUGAAGAGAUUGUAUUACACAUUGAGGACCUUGGUAGCUGUGCUUCAGCAAACGUCAACCAUGGUAGCAAAUUGGUGAGGCUGUGACCCAUAAUGAGGAAAUAAUUUGGCAAAUUUUUAGGGGUGGGAACUUUUUAAAAUGUUCAUUUAAAAAAAACAAAAACAAAAACAGGGCAGUCUUGUAGUUUAAAAUAUAUUUCUAAAAGCUUAACAGUUCGUUUUCAACUAAAUUGUGUUUAGGGAUCUGUGUUUUGAGAUUUUUCUUUCUUUUUUUUUUUUUUAAAUAGUAAGUCACAGGUCCACACUGUGUAAACAUGCAUCUGAUAAGAUACUGCUGAUAUUCUAAACAAGUCGAAAUAAUCUUGCCUUAGUGAUCAUGAUUACACAAAAGAGGUGCACUGCCAAUAAGUAUCUCUAAUUCAAUAGUUGAAAACAACCUGCAUGCUAAUCGUGGUUUCGGGGUGAGAAGAAAACACCCCACAUAACAUGCAUUUGCAUGGGUCCGAACCUGUGAAAUGUUACGUUUGUGCUUCAUUUUUGCCAACGUAAAAAUGUUCCAUCAUUUCUAGCUAAAACUCCAUUUGGUGAAACUAACAUAUCCAUUUCUUUUCCUAGUUAUGGAUGAUUUGGGGAUGCUUUUGCAGAAAUGUGUUCAUAGAUGAUGCUGAAUUGGGGGGAGGGGGGCAGCACGUCAGAGAAUUUACUAUUAAUCCCAGAGUUUUCUCUGUAUUCUCAGAAGAUGUUAAUAGUUUGUUACUAGCCAGAGAGUAUGACUAUGUUAGAUUAUUUUUAAAGAUGAAACAUGUAUGAUAGGAUGGAUUCUUUCUGUAUUCUGAGAGUGUACAGUAUAGGAUUAUUAUAAUGAAAGUUUAUAUCAACAGGGUUUCGUUGGCUCUGCCAUAUAUUAUAAGCAAAAGAGAUUGGUAAAGUGCCACAGUAUUCCAGAUAACUUUUCAGUUGCGGCCUUUCUUCUCGUUCUUUAAUUUGAAACCUAGAUACAUGCAGUAAAAACUAGGAGAAUGACUUUUACCCUUGGGGACGGCCAAGUUUUGUUGAUAAACCUAUUUCCUAGCAUGCCUUCAGGAAGUUGCGCCAGACCCUAGAUUGUGAAGGAGCCACUGUUCUUCUGUUGUACGAGCUCCCUGAACCAUUGUUCAGAGGACCAACGUAACAUCGCUUCAUGGGCAUGGCCCAUGGAGCAUCUGGGUGACAUCUGUCUACAGUAUUGGCUCUUCUGCGAGGCUGAUACACAAGGCCUCUCUUCCACAUGGUCAUUUGCAAACCUACCCCAGCCCCUACCAUCCAAUGUGGAAGGAAAACAAGAACUGCCUGAAGAAGAGUCCAAGCUACAUACACAGCGUGUGCAUCGCGGCUGUCACCUUCUUCCUCCCUCUUCUGUAUCCUCAGAGAUGCUGCGUGGAUGUUUCCUUAACCUCAGCUGACUUCCCUGUGAAUGUCUUAAUGCUAGUUCAGGGCCUCCAGGCAUUGAUUUGUACAGUGGCAACUCCCAAUGGGGCUUCUGUUAUCAUUUGUGUGCUUUCUCUGUCAUUAAAAGAAAUGAUUUUCCCAGGC